AUGGCUGACAGGAAUGUCAGUUUGAUAACUGACAACCCUGAACUGAAUCUUGGCCUCUUUGUGUUACUUCUGUUAAUCUAUGUCAUUACUGUGGUUGGCAAUUUUGGGGUUAUCAUGAUAAUUGUGGCUAAUGUCCAGCUUCAUUCUCCCAAGUACUUUUUCCUUAGUCAGUUGGCUUUCUUGGAGUUCUGCUAUUCCUCAGUCUUCAUUCUUAAAAUGCUGGUGACCUUCAUGGUAGGACAUAAAGUCAUCUCCUAUCAUGGUUGCCUCGUACAGUACUCCUUUGUCAACAUGUUCCUGACUACAGAAUGCUUCCUCCUGGCUGCAAUGGCAUAUGAUCAAUACCUUGCUGUUUGCCGCCCACUUCAGUAUAGAGGGCUUAUGACCCCCAUAUUUUGUAUCUACCUAGUAACUGCCUCUUACCUGUUGGGUUGUAGCAACUCACUUACCCAUCUGAGUAACUUGCUCCACCUGUCCUUCUGUGGGCCCAAUCUCAUUAACCAUUAAUUCUGUGACAUUACAUUGCUCUUUCAACUCCCAUGCUCUGACACCCACCACAGUGAGAUUUUAUUCACUUUCCUCUCUGUAGCAACAUCAGUGACUACCUUGUCAAUAGUAAUUAGUUCCUAUUUGGAAGUUCUUCUCACUGUCUUGAAAGUACACUCUAUGACAGGCAUAUAUAAAACCUUAUCCACAUGUGCCUGCCACUUAACAGUAGUAAUUCUUUUCUAUGUAACAGUGAUAACUACCUAUCUGGGAACCAGCUCUAGCUACCUACAGAAUAGAGCCAAAAUAUUUUCUAUGUUCUAUACCCUUUUGCUACCAAUAUUAAAUCUUCUGAUAUAUGGGGUAAGAAACAGAAAAGUCAAAGAAGCCAUUAAAAGAAUAAUUCAGAGAAAAAUAGUCACUUCCUGA